AUGCUUGAAGAAAAUGAUGCAGUUUUCAUCAAGGACGAAAAUCCAGUCCUUGGAAGUUCAGCCUUGGAACAUGUUAAGAAAAAUUUAUUUUGGAUUGGGGGCGUAAUGGAUUGCUUCUCAACGGUAUUGUCUAUAUUUGGACGCAAUGAUCUUAAAAAUGAAAAAGAGGAAGAAUGGGAGGUCUCAUUUGACUCAAUUACGGACUUGGUAUAUCUUGGAUCUGGAGCUCAAGGAGUAGUAUUUGGAGGUAACCUUCGUGGUGAGAUGGUUGCUGUGAAAAAAUUGCGUGACAAGACGGAAACGGAUAUCAAACAUUUGAGAAAAUUAAAUCAUGAGAAUAUAGUCCGUUUCCGAGGCGUCUGCAGCCAGGCACCGUACUACUGCAUUAUAAUGGAGUACUGUCAGUACGGACCACUGUUUGAGUUUCUCCACAGUGGUGUGUGCUUUUCGCCAAAGCAAAUUCUAAAGUGGGCAAAAGAGAUAGCUCAUGGUAUGAGCUAUCUCCAUAGCCACAAGAUUAUUCAUCGUGAUUUGAAGAGUCCCAACGUUCUCAUUGCGGACAAUUUAGUCGUGAAAGUAAGCGACUUCGGGACAAGUCGCGAAUGGAAUGACGAAGUCCCCUACAAGAAUUUGGAGACUCACGCUGUAAUGUGGGGUGUCGGCACAGAUACUAUAUCUCUGCCUAUCCCAUCAUCUUGCCCUGAUAGUCUCCAACUCUUGCUUAAUCAGUGCUGGAAUCGUGUGCCACGGAACAGGCCCCCAUUUAAGAUCAUCUCCGCUCACUUAGAAAUUGCAGGUGAAGAGCUAAGUUCAAUGCGUGUUGAUUGCUUCAGUGUCACUCAGGCCACCUGGCGCAAGGAAGUAAAGAGCUGCAUGGAAAAGUUUUAUGCCAGGAGUGAACAGCCACAGGCCCAAGAUACGACCCAGCGCCGCGAAGAGGAGAAGCAAGCCCGCCAUAUGUACGAGCAACAACUUAAUCGCGCGAAUGAGCUUUACAUGGAGGUAUGCGCUGUGCGCCUUCAAUUAGAACAAAGGGAGAAAGCAAUCGUGGAGCGCGAGAAGGCAUUAAAAGGAUGCCGCUGCGGCCUGCGCAAGAACUUCAAGCAGUACCAACGUCAAACGUCAUCGUCCUCUGAUGGAGUGAAGGCUCCGCUGUCAUGCGUUCAAGCUUUUAAUGAGGCUGCUCAACGCCGUCGUAAGAAGAAGCAGCCAGAACAGAAUGCCCCAACCCAAGUUCUGGUUAACUUCGUCGAUGCAAAGGCGCAAGAUCCACAGAAGGUGACCCUCAGUGUCACUGGCUUCAUGGGAUGCGAUUGCGAUAACGUUCUUGAGAACAAUAACGUGAAUACAAUCAUUAGCAUGAAGGAUACUGUAAUAGAGAAAAAUGGGAACAUUCUUGAUGACACCGUUUGUAAAAUUCAGAAUGCAGUCAAUGAUAAUUAUAUACAAGAAGUAGCUCAUGUUUAA